AUGUCAGACAAGCAGCAGAAGCGCCUGUCCACAACCAGAGAUACCGAUCAUGAGUCGUCCACCUCAGAUACAAAUCUCCCAGGACGAGAGCUACCCACCAAAGCCAAGUCGGUUCCCACCAUUGGCGGCAAUGCUACGCCAAACGACGCCUUCAAGCACAGCCAGUCAGAUUCUAAGCUUCAGACCCCGAAGACAAAUUCACCCACAAAAGCAGAAGCACUGCAUCUUGCCACACUCGGAGCCAUUAAGGUGCGAAGCCAAUUGGUCGGGUCGCUUACAAGCUUCAUUCCAUCGGACAACUCGGAAAAUGGCUUGAAGUCUGAAGACGCACCAUCAACGUCUGUGUUUCCCAGCACAAUAGGGACUGACACGAGACUAGAUCUAGCUACGCAGCUGAAUAAAAUCGAGCGUAUUCAGUCACCUACGCUGACUCAAGAGCACAUGCAGGCUACGAGACCCCAAGCAGAAGGCACAUCACAGGCGAAAGAGAAACUUCCUGCAAAUGAGGUCCGUGUACCCCUGCGUAGGAUCACUGUUUACAGCAGUUCGUCGAGCGAUUCCGCGUCCAAAGCCAUUGCUGAGGGGUCGGCAGCAUUUGAAGGUAGCACGCCAUCGACGUCCACUUUUGAGGAGGCGAACGUGGGUGAGAAAGCGCAAGCAGUCAAGAUGCCGUUUAAUAGCUUCACAGCAGCGCCCACGGGGGACCAUGUCCCACCCGAGCGAGACGCAUCCUCGGAUAUAUUUACAGGCACUGAACCAUCCACUGACGAAGAUGUCCAACCACCGACAAUGUUGAGGUUACCACCUGUACCGCCUGCCGAAACGAGAAUGGCUCGCGAGGGUACUACAAAAGUUGCGCCACAAACUACUGGACUCCCUGAAGCAGUUGAGGAAAAGGGUUUUCCUGAGGGGAAAGGUGAAUUUGAAGGCGCCCUUGUUCCGCUACCCGAGUCCGAGGAAUCAAUCCCAACGGACGAGGAUGCGCAAUCCCUCAUAUUUUUCGAUACCCCUCCGGAACUUCGCUCUCCACCACCUUUUAUCUUAUCUGGAACAAUCACCCCAGAACUCCUACGGGAACUAGGAAUAGAACCAUCAAGCCAGGAACCUAGCCUACUUCUAUCCAGAGAAGAGUCAAUACCUUCACAUCCUCCGGCGUCUCUUUCAGAGGUGACAUCGCCCAUUGAAACGCGAGAUGCCGAUAUAGUGCCUGUGCCACUCAAACCCUAUCAGGACGUCCUACCGUCGGCACUUAGAGGACCGUUCUCGUCAGUGACGACCCCUAUCGACAGUGACCUGACGGCACCAGAGGAAUCUUGGAUACAAAUAAAAGAGCAGCUUCCCGCGACCGAGAGUACGAUAAUAUUGAAAAGUGCGUCGCCUUUGAAGAAGGUGUCUUCAAGCACGUCUUCACCACAGGCUUAUCCUCAACCGACCAUUGAAGAUUACUUCUCGCAGCCUUCGAGUGUCACAGCUACAAUAAGCGAAGUAGGCCAACAAGUAGUACAACAAGUACUGCUGGAACUCCACAGAAGAGGAAGUAGUGAAGAGACACAGGUUGCGGAGCGCCGAUCUGGAACUGAACUCGUGGCGAGAACCGACACUAGUGUGGUGUCUCGUCCUGACACAGAACUAGUCCGAUUAUUGACUGAGUGCAAGACAGAUGUUUCUCCAGCAGCGCAAGGCGCUGCCUUAGGGGCAGAAACUCCAGAAGAACGCGCUAUAGUAGAAGCAGAUAUUGGAGGCAUAGCGGAGCAUGAGCUUCGUAGCAAGGCAAAUGUCGGUCGUAUUACAGCAGCGGAAAGAAAAGCCAAGGUGGGUGAAGCUGAAGGCACUUACGAUGAGCUUCACGAGCGAGCGUUCGGAGCCCCACCUGUGGAAGUCGAACCACAUCCACAGAAGGUACAGCACAUUUUACCACAUGAGGAAACAUCAGAAAUUGCUGAAGCUGUACAACACACCAUAAGAGUAGCAGAACAGUCACGCCCUUUACAGGAACCUUCCUCAGAAUCGCGAUCCUAUGAAGUGUUACAGCAUGACGCGCUUCCUCAGGAAACCACGCCGUCGGAUGUUACAAGGGGAGAAAGCCACGUCGAGGUACAUAGAAAACAACCAGAAUCCUCAGAACAACUGAAAGAGCAGGGAUCGGUACUACGAUAUCUCCCUGAGGAACGUGAAUUAGUGGAAGUUGAAGGAACAAUCACACAGUAUGGUAACGAAGACAUGAACCUGGAAUCAUUGAAAGAAAGGCCUGUAACAUCGAAGUUAGAUACCACAACUGCUGAAACUGCCGUUGCCGAAGGGAAAAGUGUACAACGGCGGACGGUUCCGGAGGAAGGGCCCUGUGAGACUGCAGAAGAUCUGAGCUUCAAAGAGGACAUUACAGAGCCUUUUGAAACAGGGCCAGCUGUCGUCGAGAGAGAGCCAGGGUACGAACUAGAGUAUGCACAACCUGGACUCGACCAACUGACUCAUGAGAUUAGGUUGCCUGUAGAACAAAAACGGCCUCCUUUAGAACAUACCAUAACCCAUGACGUUGAAACUCGUUUAAGUAUCACAACAGUUACCCCUCCACCAAUAGCAUCAGAGCAAAUACACCAUCUAGAAUGUAAAACGUCAGAAAUGGAAGCGAUUUUAAAAGAACAAAGAGAAUGUAUACAGGAAGUUGGCCAUGGACAGCCUCUGGAGCCUCCGCAACCGAAGCUUGCCCUAGGUGCACCUGAGGAAAAACCAAUGUUAGAGCCGCAAGAACAGAGACAGGCGCUAGAAUCUUCAAAGACAAAACCAAGUGCGCUUACAAGAGAAGAGAGAUUGCAGUUAGAACAUCAAGACGACGAACAACGUUUAGAAGCUACGAAAGGACGUCCCAUGUCUGUUACAGAGGAAGAGAAGUUGCAUCUGAAAGCUGAGUCUCUUAAACAGCCAAUAGAAUCCGGAAAACCCGAAUGGGUUUCCUUUCCAAGAGGAGAAAUGUUGCACGUCGGGCCUCAAGAGCAGAAACCUGCUUUGAAACCAACACAGCCAGCACCCAUGGUGAUGUCAAAAGAUAAAGCACUACAUAUUGACCACCAAGACCAUAAAUUUCCAUUGGAGUAUUUAGAACAGGAACCCAUUUCAGUGACAGGCCAGCAGAAGCUACAUUUACAACCGCAGCUGAAAAAGCUACCUUUAGAGGAUACAAAUAUUGAGAUGCUACAAUUGGAUGUCGAGAAAAAAUCUAAGCUAGCAGCUCCCGACCAAAAGAUGCCAUUAGAAACCUCGGAUGAACGUCGUAACGCUGUUACAAAGCAACAAAAGGUACACUUGGAAACCGAGCCUCAGAAACAAACAAUAGCACACGAGAAAGCUGAACCUCUUCCCUCUACAAGGAAAAUGCUGCAUGUAGAGCCUCUGGGGCAGAAACCUCUUUUGGAAUCUAUUGAGCAUCAGGACGAAAAAUUACCUUUAGAGUCUUUACGACAAAAUCUCAUUCCAGUGGCAGACGAACCGAGACUAUGUUUAGAGACUCGAGAACGGCCCGCCUGCAUAAAGGACGAUCGUAUGAACCUGGAAGCCCUGACAUAUCAAAAACCAAUGCCGUGCGUACCGGUUUUUUCCAGCGUCCAGCCAGCAGCAUCUCCUUUGGCAAUCACUUCAGCAGAGCUAAACGUGCCACCUACAGAGCCAGGAACAGUGACGCCAAGCCACUGGAUAGCCGAGCGGUACCAGGGGAGUGUAAUGGUUAUGGAAGCACCUCCCGGUACUACGAGCUACGUACUGGACGCUGCUCAACGGCUGCCAUCGGAAGGCAUUUUCGCGGAAGCACGCUCAGAGGCGCCGACACCAAAGAGACCGUCGCUCAUUGACGGGGGAAGAGUGACUGGCACAUGGGUUCCAGACCACUCAGAUACCCAAUCGAUGGUGCACAAAUAUUCCAUCACGAAACCCGUAGAAGUUCCACAAAUACCCGUACAAGUUCCUCCAUAUGGGGAAACCUCAAGGCAAAGGGUGGCCAAAAGCGAGAAGAAAGCCCACAAACAUAAGAAAAAAAUAAAAUCGAAGAAGACCCAGCCUGCUUAUCAGAGCAUGGCCCUUGUGCCAGUUGACGUUACCCCUCCUGAAUUAUCUUCCUUCCACAGCAGUGUCUCUUCGACAGCUUCACACUAUUCUUCAGAAGCAGGCCCUACCACUUUAAGCACGGUGUGCCUGCGGCCCAGUCUUUCGGCGUCGCAGCAAAACAUUGCUGAGGAACCAUGUGCCGCAGAUGUGUUUGAGCACAUCUCUCCUACAUACUUUGCCGAGAGCUCAAGCUCGCCGUCGAGCAGCGAACCAGAUCUUCUUUCACCAGGUAGUGCGCAACAAACGCCCAUUCCAUCAGGUCCACACCGUUCGCCGUCAAAAACGAACCUCACGGCAGGAGUCCCUUUUCUGACCGAGGACGUGCAGCGCCCGCAACCGACGAAGACUCCUUCGGUGGCCCCAUGCGUCAACAUUCAGUACAGCUUUCCACUGCCUCCUUUCCAUGCUGAACAAGGAAGCGUGAGCCAAAUUACCACGAACUUGAUCCAAAGGCGCCUUUCCCUUCCUGCCCGAGAGCCGGUAGGGCCUUCCCAUGGUUCGCCACCUUUUAGAUUGAAUAAUGAGCCCACCCGCAUUCCUGGCGAGCGUGACAGGAAUCGUGGCGAGAGUGACAGGGACGUAGAUCUACAACAAUUAAUGGCUGUUCUCCUGAUUUCCUUGUUUCUAAUCAUUAUUGUUGUGUUCCUGCUAGCGCUUCACACGGUGAUGGAGCGUUAA